CGGGGCGGGGCCGUGGGGAGGGGCGUUCAUGCAGAGCGCGCUGUUCCCUGCACCCUGAGGCCGCGGCCUCUGCCCGAGACCUCCCGGGCGGGGAGGGCCUCCUGGGCCAGCUCUCUUCCCGCCACGCCUCUCCCCGCUGUUUAUUUACCCCAGGCGCGCGGCACCACCAGCCGGAGGACGCAGCACAGCACGGCUGAUCCCGCCCGCAGGACCACCGUCUGCUGACCCUCCCUAGCAGCCUGCCUCAGCCUCCCUUCCCUGAGCUGGCAUCAUGGAGCCCCUGGAGAGCCGAGUCCACUACAACAGGUGGGAAGACAGCAGCCAGGAAGAAGUCAGAGUGGCCGGCACCAUGUCAAGCACAGAGGCGUCAUGCUGCAGAAAGAUCUCCCAGACGCUGUGCACGGGCAAGCUUGGCAUCGCCAUGAAGGUGCUGGGUGGGGUGGCCCUUUUCUGGGUCAUCUUCAUCCUGGGCUACGUCACUGGCUACUACGUGCACAAGUGCAAGUGAAGGCCGCCGGGCUCACGUGCACGGGCUCAGAGACUCUAAACACAGGAAGCUGUCCAAACAGAAGACCGUGCUGCUGGCCACUCCAUUUCCCCCUGGAGCCAGAUGGUAAGGCAGUGAGGCCACCAAGGCCCUCAGCAGCUGCCGGGGCCUGGGGACCAAGCUCUCUGGCUCCAGGCAGGGGUGCCUGUGCCGGGCAUACACACGAAUACACGCAGACACAAGGUGCACACGGGACACACGACAUGAAGCGGGGAGAAGCACUGGCUUGGCACAUGUACUUUGUGAUUUUUGGUUCAAAGACCUAACCCUUCCCCAGCUGUGCCUACUUUCCCCUCAGCGGCUGACAACUGCUGACAAGUGACCACUGUCUGCCCACGGACACCUGCCUGUGGCCCCAUGCCAGUGACAGCACCCGGCCUGGCAUGCUGCUGCGGUCCUGCUGUGGCCUGUGCUCUGCCCCCUGCUCAAGCCCUCCAUCGGCACACUGCUGAAAUCUAACCCCACCAAAUCUAAGUCAUUUUCAAAAGCUUUUCUUUUUUUUUCAAUAAAAAAGGAAGACCGCC